CUUGAAAGCUCCGCAACCAGCACAAACCAUCAUAAAAAGAAACAACCUCCAAUAUUUUUUCCAGCCUCUCGAUCUCAAAAUAAGCAGAAGAUAUCACCAUGACAGGAGCUGAUGAACAACCCUCGCUGUAUGAGCGCCUGGGAGGUGAUGCCUUCUUCAACCUCUUGGUAACUGCAGUUUUUGACGAGAAAUUGGAACACCCCGUCCUCAAACAAUUCUUUCAGAAUAUCCCAGUUUCGGCCCUCAAGACGCAUCAGAUCAAGUUGUUUCGGUCGAUUUUUGGAAAGGAGAGUGACAAACCUACCGAUGAAGACUUGUUGGACUUUAUGAUUCGAACUCACACUCACAUGUUCCGGGAUCAGGGGCUUAACGAAACCGGUGGCGGUUGA